CCUAAUUGUUGUGAUAAACUUAUUAAAUAGAUUUUUUUUAUGAUUCUCUAGAAGCUUUUGUUCUGUAUACUGUCCAGUUUUCAAUGUACAUAAUUGAUGCUUGAAGUUCGACGACAACUUGAUCAUCUGAAAAUACCAUCACUAAUGGAAGAAGGCGAGGUGUCUGAGCUUGUGGCUCAGAUUGUCAGCAUUACAAAUGUGUCCGAAGAUGACGCACUGUUUGCGCUCAACGACAAUAACUUUGAGCUCACUCUUGCGCUGGAUGAGUUGAUGAAACAACUCCCGGACGCCAAAGUUCAACAGAAACAGUCUAGACGGAAGAAAAAGGAAGCUGAUGAAGCGCCUGGAGAUUCACAUCUGAAGGAAUCGGGCAAAAAAGAUGGAGCAAAAGAGGGAAAACUGAAGACCGAAAGAUCACAAAAUCGGCAGAGCAACAACCGAAAGGAAAGAAGUGAUGGCAGAAGUAACCGAAACAAAACGAACAACUCAUCAGAUCCAUCAAAUUCUCAAAAUUCCCAGGUUGUGCAACCAUUAAUGGAAAUUCAAACAGGCAACUGGCAGGAAACAGAGGCCAGAAUGAUGAACGGAGGCGACUCAAGUAAUUUUGAAUCCGGUCAAGACUUUUCUCAGAGGGACCGAUUUCAAUCAAGACGUGGUCGCAGCAGAGGUGGCACUAACAGAGGGGAUUUCAAAACCAAUAAGGGUGAUAACUCAGAUUUUCAAUCCAAUGAGGACGCCGAUGACAGCAACCAGUUCAGUCAACCGUUUGUUGUGGGCACCUUUGAUGCUAAAGCGGUAACCAGUGACGGCGGAAGCAGACAAUUUGACGACAGAACUCGCAAUUUCGACAGAUCAUCUCGGGGUGGUCGCGGAGGAAACAGGUUUGGACGGGGAGGACGUAGUGGCGGUGGACCAGGCGGCAGGGACAGAUACAACAAUCGCGACCGAAAUCACGAACACAGCAACAGAUAUCCGAAUUUAGAUCAAUUGCCGACACCUAUGGAUAACUUCUGGCCAGCGGAGGAAAAGUGGGACGUGAAAAGUGACGGUGACUGGAGAGGUCGCGAGUUCAAGAACACCAAAAUCAAUGAUGUUCCAGACCCGGUUUCAGUACUUGAGGCGAGUCAGCAGACCUCAAUGCAACCUCCGUUCUUUGCGGAUGGAAAUUCGAAUUCAAGUGCAGAGUUUGCUGCAGUGCCAGGUGCUAACUUGUCUUCAAACACAACAGCGAAUCUGACGAAUGGAGAUUUGAAUGCGAUGAUUCAGUCUACAGAGAAGUACGGCGUCUCUGGUUUUGAUCAGAAUGUUAACAGUUCUCUAGCCAAUAAUGGGCAAUCUGAGAACCUGCUUCUGAAGCUGUUCAACCAAGGAGCCAACACAACAGGUCAAUUUGAUAAUGUGUCUGCAAAGACUGAAGACAUUGUCGCCGCCUCUUCGCAGUUUGCCAGCAUGUCUAUUGGCAAUCCAAAUUCACAGAGCAAUUUAUCAAGCAAAGCAACGGAAACAAUUUCGACGGAUGGACCAGAUGUGCCUCCUGGUUUCAACGAAACACUGGAUUCUGAAAAAUUGGAGUUCGGCCAGCCUCCGUCCUCACUUCAACAGAGCACCUACAACAAGAAACAGCACUCGACUAACAUGCCAUCGGCACCCGUCGAGUUACCUUCACCAGUUGCUCAGUUCACGAUCAAAACGUCGGUCAACUUUGGCGAGAUCGAUCCAAACUACAUGCAUAAGAGGACUCAGUUUACUAACUUACCGUCGCAGGGACUGAAUUCGGGCAAAGGUGGUGUACAUCUACCUGGUCAGAAUAAUUUAGAUUACUACGCGUCCGGCAGAUAUUCUUCUCAGAUGGGUGGAGAUGUUGCUUAUGUGGCAUCCAAGCAUCAAACAUCGCUCGGUAGUGAGUUACAACAUUAUGGCAGCAGUACACAGGGCGGUGGAGUUUCAAACAGGAGUGAGAGUUUAAGCAUAUCAGCCAAAGGUGCCCCUGCAGGUUCGAUCUCUUCCCAGGCGGCCAAUGGAGCCUCGCGACUCUCAUCGGCUUAUGCGCCUGCUUCGAGUGGUGUCACAAACGAGCAAUCGAAGUACGGGCAAAGACAUCAGCUAACUCAGCAGGAGCAGUCAGUAUUUUACAAACUGCAACAUCAACAAUCACAACAGCCGCCACAGCAAGUGUCUCAUACAGACUCGAACACAGCAGCCGAUCAGAAGUCGCAUCAAGCAACAGCAAACACUAAUUUGUACACGACGCCAACGAAACAUUCAGUUGAUAGUAGUAAAAGUAACAGUUACUUUGCUUCUUCUGCCGCAGCAGCAUCCCAACCCAAUAAUGCUGCGUAUAGUAGCAAAAUCAUUUCAUCUACGGGUUCCACGGUGCCGACAUCUUCAGCGAGUGCGGCAGGUGGUGCAUCGCAACAACAGGAUGACCAACUCAGAUAUUCAAACCAGAAUUCCAACAAUAUCUUCGGCAGGAGCAAUGUUAACACAGCUUAUCAGACGAGUGGCUAUGGCAAAAGUGGUCAACAUACAGAUGAUUCUACUUCUGCUACGAAGUUGAACUCCUCUAGUCAGAUCCACGCAUCGAUCAACAGCCAAGUGGCUAGUUUCAUGUCAGCUGCGGCCGCAAUGUCCUCUAAUAACUCACAGUCUCAGAUGUCUGGCAGUUCCUCCGGAGCUCCGGCAUCCACAGUAUCUGCAUCGGGAUCUUCUAUGUCAAGUCGAGAUGUUCUCCAGCAUUUACAACAGCAACACCAGCUGCAACAAAUGGCGGCGUCUCCUUUAGGAGGAAUAACGUCCCCGACUGGUUUCCAAAUUGGAUACGUUCCAGGAACUACUUUGGACGCUGCAGGUCAAAACGCAGCGACGGCUGGAUUGCUUCACCAGCAUGUGUCUAGUGCGCAGCAAGUGAGGUACUCAGGACUAGGGGCGAACAGUUCGGCGUCGCAUCCUUACCAAGUCAUCUCCAACAACGUUUCCGUGCAUCCCCCAAACUACAACCAGUUCUUGAACUCUGGCAACACAGCCAUGCGACCCAACUCAAUGGACCACGGUGCUAGCAAUCAUUCCGGACAAGAAGCAUAUUCACUGGGAAUGUCAAGUAAUGCUGCCGCCAAAUUGAGUUCGGGUACGACAGCGUCGAGAAGAAUGGAUGACACUUCUGGACAGGCUAACAACUCACCAAGCAUGAACGUAGGAUCCCAGAACUUAGCUGCACAAGUUGCUAGUGCUAAUCCAGCCAUGUCUCAAUACUUCUACCACGCCCAAUUUGCGGGAGGUGGACAAGGAGCACCCUACUACAGCCCUACGGCGGCAGCUGUUUUCAACGCGCCAGGUUUCAUGCCAGCUCCGUUUGGAAUUGCACAGUUCCAGGCGUUGCAGCAGCAGCAACAGAAUCAGCAAGCGGGUCAGACGGUAUCUUCAAUGACGGGAAGCAACGUAGCAGCAGCCGGUAGUGCGCCUGGACAGCAAGCCUCGACACAAGGGAAGACCCAACAGCAGUCGGGAAACGCGGGUGGAAAUUUGAAUUCUUCGUCGAAUAAUUCGCAGCCGCAACAGACAUACUCAAAUGGACCGACACCAUACCAAGGCAGCUCAUACUUCCAGACCCAACAGCAGCAGACGUCGUCAGACUACAUGAACUCAGCUGCGGCGGCGGCAGGGGAUUACACGAAGUAUGCACAUCAACAGCAGCAGAAUAUGGGGGGUCAGCAGCAGCAUCAGCAGAACUACGCAGCAUCCAGGGCAGCAGGUGGAGGAGCAGCAGCUUCCCAGGGGGGCAUGGGCAAGUCGGCAAUGUAUGCCAACACGAGCUCAGAUUACUCGAGCAUGUAUCACACUAAGGGGCAGGUAGAGAAAAAUUCGGGGGCUGCAGCAGGGAUGGGGAUAGGGCCAGCUGGUCUGGCCUCAAACUCACCCCCGCAAGGUCCAGCCAACACUGGAAACCCUCCGGCGGCGGCCUAUAGUGCUUUUCACUUGGCGGCCACGAACUAUGGACAGGCUGCGAACGCCGCCGCAACUCAACAGCAGUUGUACAGUCAACAGUAUUUCAACGCAGCAGCUGCUCAGAGUCAUAUGAUGCAACACCACCAGAGCGGGGAUCCAAGAGCAUCCGGAGCUGCCGCUUUCAAAAUGGGAGGGCAGGUUAAUCUGGGUGCCAUGGGUAUGCCACAGAAGCACCCAGGAGGUGCGAACAGCCAGCAUGCUUCAGCGGGAGGAUACGCGACGGCUUCGGGCGGGGCAGCUGGAACCGCAUAUCGCAACCAUUGGCAAUGAUGAAGUAUAUCAUAACCAGAAGUUAAAGGAGAUGAAGGUUGUUACCUACACCAGAGAAAAAAGACCGCUCGGAAGUGUUUACCAAAUCAAUUUUGUGCUGGUUAACUGAGGAAAUAACAUAAAACAUCAAACUGAUUGAAUGAAACACAAUUAUCAUAUUUUUUUGCCCGCGUGUAUGAAUUCUGGAUGCUUUUUUGAAUUACUAACUUAGUUAAUUAGUAUGCUAAUUUGUCACGCGCGCUCUCCUAACAAUUUCACACACCGACUACCAUUUAAGCUGCAUCCAAAAAAGGGAGCGGCUAAUGCAGUAAUCUGUAACUGAUAUACCAGCCUGAAGUUUAUUGUAUUCUCUUUUGCAAUUGAAAACAUUUUCCUUUCACACUUUGAUGAGAGGAGCUGAUCAAUUAGGACCCGAUUUAUAUAAACAUGACCAUGUAUUUUCUGUGUGUUUUUUUUUUCAUUGUUUAGUUUAAGAUUGCCAUUGAUUAAACUAGUCUAGUGUUGUACCUUAAUUACAUCCUUAUUAUAAUCUUAGUUCUGUCGCUUUAGUGUAUAAUAAUAAUCAUAAAAUAGAAAUUGUAAGGCCAAUAAUGAACACUCAAUAUGCCAUGAAAAUUUCAGUUCAAGUUUGCGAAUUCUGUUCAAUUUAUUUUUGGAUGUUGAUUUGGAUUUCUACCGAAUAGUUUCCUAUUAAUGCUUCAUUUUGUUGUUUGUUUACAUCUAGAGCCAAUUUCUCAUCUAGUUUCAUUAUAUAGUUCUGUCCCGUACUUGCUGUGUAGGAGCUACCGUGCCUUGCCGAUUAUCCCGCAAAUAAUUGUCGCCCACUAAUCCUCCGCAUAAAUUCCUGUUAAAUGUCUCGUCCUCGCCCUACAGACAACCUUCCCUUCUAAUUCACAAUCUCUCCUUUUAGGAAAGGGCUGGUCGGUCAGGUCACUGUUUUUAGAUUUGACCUCAACUGCCCCUAACUCUUGAUAAUGGAGUUGACCUUGAAAGUUGUACAUACAUACCAGCAGAAUUUGACUUCAAAGUUUAAAAGUGAAGUGAGUUUCGAAUAGAUUUGAUGUCUUUCGUGUGAACGCUUUGUUAUGUUCUUGCUGGCUCCUCGCUUGACCUUGAAAUGACUUUUAUCGUGUUAUACUGGUGAACAAACGUUUGAAUUCAUUUCAUUGUGUUUGUAUCUGUAUUGUGCCGCUGGGAGACAUUAAUGGAAAUUGAUUGUCAGUUGCAGUGGGUAGCGGCACUGUACUCAUCCACCUACAUUUUGAUCUUAUAAUUAUUUUUGAUAUUUUAAUCUGAGAUAAUUUGGGAUAUUUGACUACUGGCCGAAUGAAAUAAUACUUUGUUUCAAAUCAA